CUGUGAGCUAGCUGCCGUGUGUGGACCGUCCGUAUGGCUGACGAUCCAGCUUGAUCGUCUGCCACUCACUCACUGUCGCUGCGGUGGAUGAAAUCAAGAAUAUUUGAAGAAAAUGUUCAGCAAGAGGGAGCUGAUGGGAAUCAUGCAAGGUGAGUUAUCAUUGCUCUAGAGUCCAGACUAGUUAUCUCUGAAGAUUAUUUUGAAGCUUUAGAUAAUUUCCACUGUCCAAACUAUUCAUUUUUGUAAUAACAAUUACUUUCUCUGGUAUGAUGUUUGCUUGUGAAUUUCUAUCUAUCUUCCUGAAGCCCCAAAGUUUAUAUUCAUUUUGUUCUAGUUAAGAAUAUUUAAGGUCUAAGAAUGUAGUUCCAUAUGAGGGAAUUGUUUCCUUAGCUGCAGCUAUAUUGUGGAUGUGAUCAAUGUCUAUUAGUCACAUAGUCUACAGAAAUUCAGUUUGGCUCCCGAGUGCAUAUGCUCCCUCUACCCAAAAACAUCACUCCCUAUAGGUUUUGAGUUUUGUAGCUUAUAUUACCCUCACCCACGAAAAUGCAACCGGCGAUUUCAACGAUCUCAUGAUUGUUUUUAUCAUAGCCAGUGACCAAUGAGCUUCUUUUAUGGGGAAUCAAAUUCUUAAAUUUUAUGAACCAAUGAUCAAAAUUCUUGAAUCAAAUCGUAUAUAAUAGUUCAUAAAUUGUUGAGCAUUACAUUUGCUGAUAGUUGAAGUUUCUAACUCUGCUUACAUUUGCUGAUACUUGUUAGACAUACUUGUAUUAUACAGAUACGGUAUGGAGUAGUAAUCCCCUGUAUACGUACUCCCGUGUAUCAUGCCAUGAUGGGGGCUUUUCCCAUCUAUAUAAUACGUACCACGAGCCCCUAAUAGGGCAUCGGUCCCUUCCACUAACAUGGUAUCAAGAGCCAUCUUCUCUCCUUCUAGCCGCCAGGGAUUACAAAACCCUAAAAGCCUCAAUCGAUCUCUCCAACCGAUACAACACUAGAAGACCCCAACCCUUCCCUCCCAACAAUCCAUGGCGACAUAUUUGUCAACGACACCCCUAGCGGCCACCCUUGGUGCUCCACCGGUGGCAAAACUGACAAGUGAUAACUUUCUCUAUUGGAAGGCGCAGGUUCUGCCUGCCUUCCAUGGCGAUCGUGUCAUGGUACUUCUCGAAUAUUACGACCUUGCACCACCUGGAGAACUAGAGGUAGAAGAUGACAACAAGAAAAAGAUCGGUGUGCCGAAUCCAGCCUAUUACACUUGAAUCUCUAGAGAUCAGCUGGUCAUGGGAUAUCUUGCCAAUUCCCCGACCGAAGAUGUGCUUGCCUAGGUGUUAUGGCUCGAGCAUUUCACCGAUGUGUGGGGUGCUCUCACCGACGUCUAGUCCACACAGUCGAAGGCCUGGGUCACCACCCCGUGUGGUGCACUUGCAAACAGAAAGAAGGAAGACAUGACUGCAGAAAAAUUCAUCGCAAAUUUGAAGGGCUUUACCUUUGAAGUUGCUGACGCGGGAAAGAAGGUCGAUGAUGAUGAACUGAAGGAUUAUAUCAUAAAUGGUCUAGACGGUGACUACAACUCCCUCGUCCCCUCCAUCAACGCCGUGCCCAACACUUCACUAUUUGUAAUUUUCGGCACGUUUCAGCAAUGCCUCAAAAUGUAAUUAAAAGCAUUUCAGAAAAGUGCCCAAAAAUGAAAAUAGAGCCACUUAUGAUAACUGGCUCAAACUGAAAUAGAGGGCAUUUUAGAAAAAAGUGCCUCAAAAUUAAAAUAGAGUCAGUUUAAAAAGAGCCUCUAAGCAAAAGUGUCAGCAAUUUUGAAAAAAGUGCCAACUAUUACUAUUCCUGACACCAUGAAAUGCAACAUUUUUCUUUGCUUCCAAAUCUAUUUGCCAGCAGUUCCUGCAGAAGUAGUGGCAGUUUUCAGUGUUCAGUUAUUCAUUUUCCAGGCAUGAAAAUGGAUACUGUACUCAGCUAAGAUAGAUGCAUGCUUGGUCAGUUAACAUGGUAAGCUGUUACAAGACGAGAUAGAUAAAUUGGAAACAAAACAUAAUGACAUGGAGAAACUAGGAUGGAUACACAUUGUUUUUUGAGCAAUGCUACAGUUACGGGCUGAUUCCUACGCACAGAAUCCUACGGACUGAUGUGUCAAUCACGAAUUGGAUUGGGAAAUUUCGUCAGAGCAACUGCCGCAUGCAAAUUCCAAUCACACGCCUCCACCUUUGCCCGUAAGAAAGUUUCCGUAAACCCAGCCCGUAAGUGUAGGAUUAUUGUUGUUUUUUGCUGGUACAUUCGUGUUCUAGUUCAGACUAGUUUAAUGCUGAACUCCCUAGUCACGUACAUAGCUUAAUGUUUCAGUCACUAGUCUGACUAGUCGCAGUGAUGGUAGCAUUGCAGCUCCACUCUUCCGUGGACAGCUGUAAUGCCAUUCUCAGCGAAUACAAAGGCAAUAUACCAGAAUUCGAAGACUUUACAUUGUUCAAUCAGCUGUGGCCGCGAUGGAACAUUUAUGGUGGCUGCUAGUGCGUGGAACGAGUCAUCUUCAUGGUCAAAGCAGGUUUCUUGACUGUAGACCAGAGCUCGAUCGACUUAUAGCCUAGCUAGUUAGUGAAGAGAGUUUGAGCUGAUCGAUCCAUGAAUAUGCCCUUUCCUGCCCGCUGCACCGCAGUGCUAAGCCUUCUGAUCAUCCUGCCGAUGAUCGUGUCCGACGACCGGCUUGUCCCUGGCAAGCCGCUCUUACCUGGCGCCACCAUCGUCUCCGACGGCGGUGUCUUCGCUUUGGGUUUCUUCAACCCUUCCAACUCCACACCGGAUAGGUUGUACCUGGGCAUAUGGUACAAGGACAUCCCGGAACAUACCGUGGUGUGGGUCGCAAAUCGAGAAUCCCCAGCCAGCAGCAGCGCUGCACCGAUGCUCUCCUUGACCAACACCUCCGAUCUUGUUGUGUCAGAUGGCAAUGACGGUGGUCGUGUACUUUGGACGACAGCCAACAUGAAAUCUACCUCGGGCUCGUCUUCCUCGACGGCGGUACUUCUGAAGACAGGCAAUCUCGUCAUCCGGUCAUUGAGUGGCACCACGCUGUGGCAGAGCUUCGACCACCACACCGACACGUUCCUCCCUGGUAUGAAGCUCCGUCUCAAGUACAACAUGCCCGGCAGUAACGACGAGCGCCUCGUAUCCUGGAAGGGCCCUGGCGACCCUUCGCCGGGGCGCUUCUCCUACGGCGUCGACUCGGUCACGGCUCUCCAGCUAUUACUUUGGGACGGGGAGCAGCUGGUGGCCCGCAGCGCCCCAUGGACGGGGUACCCGGUAAGGAGCGACUACCUCGCGGUGAACACCAGCACGGAGCUCAUCCUCUACCAAACUAUCAUUGACAACAAGGAGGAGAUGUACCUCACCUACAACGUCUCGGAUGGAGCGCCACGCACCAGGUACAUUCUGACCUACUAUGGCGAGAUCCAGGUCCAGGUCUGGAGUGACAAGUCAUCGGCAUGGACAGUGGCAGCGAAGUGGCCGUCUCUCAGAUGCAACCUCUAUAGUUACUGCGGUCCAUACGGUUACUGUGACGAGACGGUGCCAAUCCCGACGUGCAAGUGCUUGGACGGCUUCGAGCCAACUAGCAUAGAAGGAUGGACGGCCGGUAGUUUCUCAGCAGGGUGCCGACGGAAGGAGCUGCUUCGAGGGUGUGGCGACGGUUUCGUGGCCUUGCCGGGGAUGAAGACCCCAGACCGGUUCGUGCUCGUCGGCACAGACAUAAGUACACUCGAGGACUGCACGGCGGAGUGCAGCCGCAGCUGCUCCUGCGUGGCAUAUGCGUACACCAACCUCAGCAGCAGCAGGACCGGAGGAGAAGUGACGAGAUGCUUGGUGUGGACCGGGGAGUUGCUUGACACCGGAAAGUUUGCCGCGGGGCCUGAGUAUGCCAGUGACAGGCUCUACCUCCGACUUGCAGGCCUGGAUGCAGCACAAGGUAAAAGGGCAAAUAGCAGUGCAGUGAGGAUUGCGCUACCAGUUAUAGGAAGCGUUGUUCUGGUACUCAUAUGCAUUUCCCUCACGUGGAUAAAAUUCAGAGGUACAUUCGGUGUCCAUUCACGCAGUUUGAUUAGCUGAGCUUAAUUACAAUUCGAGCGCUGCUAUGCAGUAUACUUGGGCUAGAAAAACUAGAGGAAAUAACCCCUGAGGUACAAAAGUAUUUCCGGGCAAUUUACGAGCAAAUAAGAUGGGAGUAUUAGAAAUCAGCAUGCUGGGAAUGCAAUGUAAUGACAAGGAACAAACUACUAGUAAAUAAUAUGGAAGUCCACAUGCUAGAGAAAUCAUACCCAAACCCAAUGUCGACGGGCUCUAGAAAAGAAGAUCAUAUAGCUGCAUCGGAUUGUGUGUGUGCACACGUGUGUGGCAGGAAAGGGGAUAGGGGGUUAGACUUUAGAGGGGAGGAUAGGAUGGAUAAUUUUUUUCUAGCAUGUCAAGUUCACCUUAUAGGUCAAGUCAUCGACAUUUUGUUAGGUAUGUCCUAUUUGAAAGGACUUGUUUUUGGGAUAAUUUCUCCUUGUUUUUCUAGUUCAUGAGGGAAAGAGUAAACAGACAUCAAUUGUUCUAGUCGUUAAACAUCAGUAGCAUAUACCACUAUUAAAGAGCUUAGACUCUGUUCUUGUAUCAAACCCGUGGUCCAAGGGACGUUCUCACCUAGAGAAUUUCUGUGGGGGUGUAGGCCUCUGAAGAGGAGUGAUUUUUUUUAAUAUUAGUCUAGACAAUGGUCCUGGAUUGAAAUUCGCAAGGGAGUUUGAAUGCAAACCACAUAGAUAAAUUUCAGCCUUAGUGAUCUAAUGGUGCUAGGUAGAUAGAGGUUCCUCAGCAAUAGGAGUACUCUUGGCAUAACAUACAUGUUGAUCUUCCGCAAGAUUCCACGUUGGUGGGAAGGUUUUUCACCUUGACAUGGGGAUCUUAUGAAGCCUUUUAAUUUUUAUGUAUACCUUCUAUAUUGUGUCUAUUACAGAAGAAAUGAUAAUAACAUUUUGGGAGCAGGAAAAAAACAAAAAAUGGAGAAAACAUAAAAAUGCAACACUAGAUAGGCUGAGUACCUCUUACGAACUUGGGGAAGGAAACACUCCC